GUGUGUGGCAUGAAUAUUUCAGUCUGGAACUUGUGAUCGUGAAGAAAAGGCCAAAUCAUUUUGAAUUAUGUCGCAGUUGGAACAAGUUUAUGAGCCUCGGUUAUGUCAUGUUUCGAAACGGGCUGACUUCGAUGGUUACGGAUUUAACCUUCAUGCAGAAAAAGGUCGUCCAGGUCAAUAUAUAGGAAAAGUAGAUGUAAAUUCACCAGCUGAAUCUUCAGGACUUCGGCAAGGGGACAGGAUACUUGAAGUUAAUGGGGUUAGCAUUGGUGCUGAUACUCAUAAACAGGUUGUUGAAAAAAUAAAGGCGAUUUCAGAAUACACAAAAUUACUUAUAAUUGAUCCAAAAGCUGACAUUAAUAAUCCUAAACAAUUGGAAGCUAUUGAAAAAAUGAAGGCAACAAUGAAUAGUAUUGAAAGUCAGGAGAAGAACAACUCCCAUACAGACAUGAACUCAUCAGAGGACAAUAAAGAUAUUUCAAGAGAGUCACGUUCGGAAAAAGAUGAAGCUACACUUGAAACAUUUCGAAGUGAAGAUUCGGAGGAAUCUUCGGUGGGUGUGCUCCAACUUCCUAUAACCGUGGCUGAAAUGCGUGCCCAACUUAAAAACAAAAAACGCCCAGAUCCUAAAACUGAAGGAUUAGAUGUGAGAAAGAAGUAUGAUAUAAUUCAGAAAAUGUAA